AUGAAAAUUGAGGAGAUUUCAAAUAAGUACAGAUAGAAAUAGAAUAGGAUAGUCAUCUUAACAAAUUGAAUGUAUGGAAAGCAAGAUAGAGAAAUAUAGAUAUGGGUGAAUAUCAUUAAAUAAUAAUGAAGUGA